AUCAUCAGCGGCAACUGAAAAAACGAAUCAAUUUUAUUCGCAACAACAAAAUUCAUCGUCAUCAUCAUCAUCGGAUGGAACAUUGAUUGCUGGUGAUUGUCAUUCGACAGUUUUAGAAUCAAAUUCUGAUGCAAAUUUGCACAAACAAAUUAAGGACAUUUUAAAUCAAAAGAAAAUGAAAUUGAUGAAUUCACCCGAGGUUGUUGCAAUUCUGCGUCGUAUUCAACAAGAACAACGACAACAUUCAAAAUGAUCAAAUCCGGUUAUAAAUCAUAAUCUCAUAUUAAUAAUAAUAAAUAGCUCCACUGUUCUUCAUACUUUUCAAACAACCAAAAAAUCAUCACUCAUUUGGAUCCAUCUCUCCACUCUAUAAUUGUCAUUUGAACAACAACAACAACAACGAAAAAACAUACACAAAUGUAUCCAGCAAAUUCGUCCGGUGUAACACAGCUUGAAUUCAAUCAAGCAAUGUCCGAUUUUAAACACAUGUUUCCGGAUAUGGAAGAAGAUGUUAUUGAAGCUAUACUUCGUGCCAAUAAUGGUGUCGUUGAUGCAACUAUUGAUCAAUUAUUACAAAUCAAUAAUGAAUCACAGGAGAAAAAGAAAAGAAAUAAGGCAGCCAUGAAUAAUAAAAAUAAUGAACAUCAUUAUAAUAGCAACAUUUUUAUCGACGAUGGACAAUCGGCUAUGAUGAAUCCUAAAUCCUAUAGUAAAGAUUUAAAUUUUGUUCUCGGUGACCAAACGGAUGCUGCCAUGUCGAGUUCAUUAUUGAAAAAUCAAAUCAUCUCACAAGAUUCAUUACGAUAUAAAUAUCGAUGGGAACCACCCGUACUGGGUGAAUUAUCGGCCGAUUUUCUUCGUAUUACAUUGAAUGAUACCCAACGAAAACUCACGAAUUUUAAUGCCAAUAAUGAACAUGCCAAUAUGAUGAGUAGUUCAUUUUUGCAACAGAAAAUGGAGGAGAAUAAACGUAAUCGUCAAAUAACAUUGAUGAAUGAUGAUCCUGAAAUGGCACAAUAUCUGGAAGAUGAACGUUUCGCUAUUCUCCUUCAAAAUGAAGAAUUUGUUCGUGAAUUACGAAUGAAUCAUGAUUUCAUGUCAACAUUGGAAUCGGAUAAUAACCAAUACAGUUAUGGUAGUACAACCGGAUCCGAUUCGACACAAGCUAGUAAUUUUCUCGAUUCAGAUGCCAUAUUCAAAGAACGAUUACGUAAUAUGGGCAAAUUAUCGAAGAAAAAAUUUACACAAAUUGCACGAUUAUUUUCUGGACGAAUGCGAAAAAAUUUCAAACAAUUGGAUAAUCAUCCUGGUAGUGGUGGUGGUGUCGUUCACGCCAUCACUGGAAGUGGUCGUGAACAUCAAUAUUUUUAUCAAGAUCUUAGUAAUGAAAAUUAUGAAGAUACAGCCUUGCCAUCAUCAACUACUAAUGAUCAACCAAAUCACCAUCAUCAACAUCAACAUCGCCAUCACCACCACCAUCAUCAUCAUCAUCAAGAUCAUCCAAAAAUCUAAUCCAAUAUAUUCAUCAAUAACUACAAGUUUAUUUGAAUUGAAAUACUCAUAAGCACAUACCAAAACUUAAUUUUUUUUAGCAAGAAAUUGUCGGCAGCCACAAUAUUAAUGGAUAUAAUAUAUUUCGAAGUAUCUAUAUGUCAAAUUGUCAAAUCAAUAUAAUUAUGUAAUUUUUGUUUUUAUUUGUCCGGUUUCCAUCAUAGUUUUGUAUUACACAUUACACAUGUCAAAGACAAAUCACUGGACAAUUAAUCCCAAUUUUUUUUCUUUCUUUUCAUUUGUACUUACUAAUUGAUUUCAUGUUAUCCGGUUAUUAUUAAUUCAUAAUUGAAUUCUAUAAAAAUGCGAUCGGAAUAUCUAUUGAAUGAUUAAUUAAAGAAAAUUCCGUCCCAGAA